AUGGCCAGCAACACGAAUAACCCGACUGACAGUAACGGCCUCCAAAAAGACAAGCAGGCCAAUCAAGUGCGGUUCGAGGAAGACUUGGAAUUUGUGCAAUCCCUCGCCAACCCCCAUUUCGUCCAAGAGUUAACAUUAAAUGGGGCCCUUCGCUCUGAGACAAUGAUCAAUUAUUUGGAAUAUCUCAAAUACUUCCAUCAGCCGGAUUAUGCCAGAUUCGUCCGAUACCCAAACGCAUUGAAGAUUCUUGAUCUCCUCAACAGCUCGGAGCAGUUCCGAACGAUGAUCGAAACCCAGGAACAUGCCCAACUGUUGACUGACAAGUUUAUCCAAAACUGGAUCUCACUCAGCGGCCGCUUGAAUAAGAUCGGUCCUGCGGUUGUCAAAGAAGUGACUGGGGAGACCCCAGGAGAACAUUUUCCUCAGCUCUAA